AUGAGCGCAUCUCCCGAGUUCAGGCGAGGAGCAAUGCAGCUUGCUGGCUCAGUCCCAGCGAGAUGUCGGGUGAUUGCCACUUACCUUGAACCACCGGAUUUGCCUGCGCAGGGCUCGUCCACAGUCUGCAGGUUUGCAAUGGCCAUGAUGCUAAUGGAUGUUGGGCUCUUGAUGACUUUUGACGCUUCAGAUGAUGCGCCAGCCACGGCGGCGGGCUUGCCAAGAAUCAGGCUUCCUUCAGGUGACUGGAAUGGCAAGGCACGGCGAUUGCUCGCAACACUGCGAGUCAAGCUGGGCCUCUUCCUUGUGCACAUCGGUCUUGACCAGCUCCACAUUCCACAGGAUGAGAAGAGCGACCUGCGCAGAACUUUCAGAAACAUCCAGGACCAGCUUGACAAAGAGGGAAACCUGGAGAGCAAGAUCAUUGGAGCUCUUGGAAGUUUUAGCGUCGCUUUGCCAGGUCGAGAUAAACAAGUCUCAGGAGCACUGGACUUGUUGUUGGGCAUAGAAGAUGCCCGGGCAGAGGACAGAAGGUAUCCUGGCGUGGUGUCGCUGGACAACCGGAAGCUCUCCCUUCCGCUUGAGAUGUUGCUUACGGUCCGCGAUGUCAAGGACGAGAGCUUCAAUCUGUUUUGCGAUGGGCAGGGUUUGCUGGUAGAUUCCAUCUUGGGAAACUCUGACUGGUGCGAUGGUCUGGUGAUGGAACGGGCGUAUGCAUGGGUGCUGUUGGAUGUGACCGGAGCUACAAAUGCCGGAACCUGCAAAGUGAAGGCCGAACAAAUUGCCCAGAAUGCAGCUGCGGUGAUGAACGAAGCGCAGAUGCAGAACGCGACAGUGCCUGUGGAAUCAGUCAUUUGUGUUCUCUUAGCUCCAAAUUGCGACAGCGCCAUCGAAGAGCCACCGUCAGCUCAAGUGGUGCAAGGAGAUGCAGCAAGGGACCUACUGGGAGGCUUACAACAACUCUUGACCUGGCUUGGUGAAGAUGUUGACUGA